UGUUCUGGCCUGGGGGUGUCCUAGCACAGAGCAGCCUCAUGGGGAAGGGAGUGGUUUUGAAGUAGGGGCUUUUGGAGAAGCCAAGACCAUUUCCUACCUCUAACGAGGACUCUUCUCUGAUGGGGAGCCCCCACCUAGUCCUAAACUGACACUCCCUCCCCUGCCGGCUGGCUCCUGUUUCACCAUCUCCUGCAGUGACAGCUGGAGGACCCAGGAAAUGAAGUUUCCCACUCCCCACCCUGGUUUCCCACCCUCCACCCUCUCCCCAGAGAAUGGUUCCUGCCAGUCCCCAGGGUCUGUGACCUGGUCCCCAGGAGGGGCUACUCCCUGUUGCCAUGAGAGAGACUUUGGAGGCCCUCAGCUCUCUGGGAUUCUCUGUGGGACAGCCAGAGAUGGCCCCCCAAAGUGAGCCCAAGGACAGGUCUCAUAAUGUCCAGGGGCAGAUGUCCUCCUCCAGUGAAGAGAGAGCACUGGGUACAAGCUCAGGGCAUGAAGCCCCUGGUCCAGAGGAAGGAGCCCAGACAGAACAAGCUGAGGCUCCCAGCAGAGAAGGACAGGCAUGUACUCCACAGAAGGCUGAGCCUGUGGGCUCCUGCUCAGGAGACGAAUGGAUGAUUCGGAAGGUGAAGGUGGAGGAUGAGGAACCGGAGGCAGGAGAGGCGGUCGAAUGGCCCCAGCAUCUCUCGCUACUUCCCAGCCCUUUCCCAGCGCCUGAACUGGGACAUCUGGCUGCUGCAUACAAACUGGAGCCAGGGGCCACGGGGGCAUUAGGCGGGAUCGCGCUGUCCGGGUGGGCCCCGAUCCCGGAGAAGCCAUAUGGUUGCGGGGAGUGCGAGCGGCGCUUCCGGGACCAGCUGACGUUGCGGCUGCACCAAAGGCUGCACCGGGGCGAGGGCCCCUGCGCCUGCCCGGACUGCGGCCGCAGCUUCACUCAGCGCGCCCACAUGCUGCUGCAUCAACGCAGCCACCGCGGGGAACGGCCUUUCCCGUGUUCUGAGUGCGACAAGCGCUUCAGCAAGAAGGCCCACCUGACCCGCCACCUGCGCACACACACGGGCGAGCGACCCUACCCGUGCGCCGAGUGCGGCAAGCGCUUCAGCCAAAAGAUACACCUGGGUUCGCACCAGAAGACCCACACAGGCGAGCGGCCCUUCCCCUGCACUGAGUGUGAGAAGCGCUUUCGCAAGAAGACGCACUUGAUCCGGCACCAGCGCAUCCACACCGGCGAGAGGCCCUAUCAGUGCACGCAGUGCGCACGCAGCUUCACGCACAAGCAGCACUUGGUGCGGCACCAAAGGGUGCACGAAGCAGCUAGUCGAGCCCAGCCCUCUCCCGACGCGCCUUCUUCGCCGCAUUCCCCCGCAGAGUCCUCCACCCCGUCCCCUCCUGGACCGAAACCUUUCUCCUGCUCUGACUGUGGCCUGAGCUUCGGCUGGAAAAAGAACCUCGCCUCACACCAGCGUCUGCACCGCAGCGAAGGUCGCUCCUUUGGGUGCGACGAUUGCGCACUGGGAGCCACCGUGGACCCUGCUGCCGCCGCUGAACCCUCAGCCUGCGUGCCCCGUGGGCCAAGUUGUGGGCCAAGUUGCGGCCCUGCGUCGGGCACAGUGACGCCCCAGCGCACCCCCUCGGGCGAAAGGUCUUUCUUCUGCCCUGACUGCGGGCGCGGCUUCGCCCACGGACAGCACCUGGCGCGGCACCGGCGAGUGCACACGGGCGAACGGCCCUUCGCCUGCGCGCAGUGCGGUCGCCGCUUUGGCUCGCGGCCCAAUCUUGUCGCCCACUCCAGGGCCCACAGCGGCGCCAGGCCUUUCGCCUGUGCUCAAUGUGGCCGCCGCUUCAGCCGCAAGUCGCACCUGGGCCGUCACCAGGCGGUGCACACAGGCAGUCGCCCCCACGCCUGCGCCAUCUGCGCCCGCAGCUUCAGCUCCAAAACCAACCUGGUCCGCCACCAAGCGAUCCACACCGGCUCCCGCCCUUUCUCCUGCCCUCAGUGUGGCAAGAGCUUCAGCCGUAAGACCCACCUGGUGCGGCACCAGCGCAUCCACGGCGAAGUGGUGCACCAGGCCUCAGAGACCGACCUCUCCGCCCCAGCCUGGCCGGCUCCAACAGAGGUGGCACCGCCCCCGCUCUUCUUCUGAGCCCAAUUCUCACUAGGAUCCUUCCUUUGCUCACAGAUUCCAGAGAAUUGUGCGCCAGAGGGCCUGGGCUGCUGCCGGAGGCCUGCAUUCCUUUGGCCACCGUCCUGUCUUCAGCGUAGGGAGAUGUCCGCAAAGCCUACCCAGCUUUGGCGUGCACGACACAGAUAGUGCAGAGAGAACGCCUGCGACUCAUGUGGGAAAGCAGACGUUUCCUGGGUCAAGAGCCGGCUGGGUGGAGAACCUCUACCCAGAGUGAAAGAAUCUGUGUACUUCAAGUGGUAUUAAAGUUCUAAUCUGCAGUUCUGGGACUGUUACCUGAGCUGGGGAAGGCAAGCCUGACUCCUCCAUCCCCUCCCCACCUCCAUGCGCAGGAAAAGCCUCUUCCCUUUUUGUCACGGGAUGGUUGCAUUUAGCCCCCUGCCGUUAAUUGGCUUUUCCAGAUCAAAUGUUAUAUGCUACCCUGGUUCUUGCUUCUAGUUCAGAAAUUUGGCAGAACGAGAUCUUCCAGCACAUUCCAUUCCCCACAUGCCAGGAACUGAAGACUAGGGCUGAAGGGAAGGCAGAGAGGGGCCCCUUGCCUUUGGUCAUUCCCUAGAGACCAAGGGGCUUCCCAACAGUAGCCUCACCUGUGGCCGCCUUGGGCAGUGAGGAAUGAAGGCUGCACACUCUCCACCAGGUGCUCUCCUGGUGAGGGGCGCCUGCUCAGGAGCCUCCCUAACUGCAUCUGCCCAGCCCAGGCAGCUGUGUGAGCUGGGGCUGGCUGGCAUGGAGGGGAAGGGCAGGGGAAUGGGGCACUAGAUUUAGGAAUGAGUAGUCUUAGGUUUGACUGCUCCUCUGUGUCACAGGGGACUUGGAGCCCUGUGUUUAUUCCUCUGGACCUUGGCUUUCUCAUUAAAAUGAGAAUUGAUAUUGACAAGGGCUGAGACCCUUCCUGGUUUAAAAUCACUAGUGCCAAAAAAUAACCCUAGCAAACAUUUAAUGGGUGCUCAUUGUGUUCCAAGCAUGGCACUAGGCACGGGGAACAACAUGCAGCAAGAGAGCAGGGACCCUGUCCUCACAGAGCUCACAGUCAAUGUAAGUGCCAUCGCAGGGUAUACACAGAGGCUUUGCGAGUGCAUAGUAAGGACAUCUAAAGGUCUAGGGGAAGCCAAGGGAGGUUGGAUGGGUGAGGGUGCUGCUGAAGUGAGGUGUGAAGAAGGCAGGGGAAGCAGGAGGUGGAGCCAGGUGCACGUGGGAGAGGAUAGUAUGUGGGAAGUCAAGCAAGGUCCAGCAUGGCUGGAGGGGAUGAGAGGCCAGAGAGGUGCCUGAGAGCUAGAAAGCCUUUAGUGCAUGUGCAGGAGUCUAGAAUCUAUCCAAAGAGUGGGGGACCACAGCAGGGUUUAGGCAGGGCAGGGAUGUGGCCAUGUUCACAUGAAAGGAUUAGGGCUGAAGGGUGAGCCUGGAGGCCUGCACUUCAGUUGUCCAUGUGCCAGGUAGUGGUGACCUUGGACCAUGAUUUUGUCAGAUGGGAUGGAGAAGUGAUGAUUUCAGGAGAUACUUAAUAGGCAAAUGGUAUAAGACUUCUUGAGGAGGAGUGGGGACAUUGGUGAGGUUGGCCUGAUUUCUGCUUGAGGAACUAAGUAGAUGACAGUGACUUGCCCUCAAGAAGGGUUACCCAGGAGGAGGAGCAGCAUGCUGGGUGACCAAUCUUGCACCUGCUGAAUUGGUGUGACCCAUUAGAAAUAGAUCAUACAGGUGCUGAGGGUAGGAGAGGGCUGGAAUGGAGACAGGUGGGCCUGAGAACCAUCCAUGUGUUUUGAAAAUUGUGGGGGUAUGGGUGAGCUCCUCAAAGAAUUCAAUGUGAAGUGAAAAAGAGGAGGCCUGGAUCAGAACCCUUUGGAACAUCAGGAUUAGGGGAUGACAUUGAGAGAAUCCUAUAAAGAAGAUUGGGAACUUGGAGGGUGUCAGAGAAUAGAAAGGAAGACCCCGAGAGGGGACAAUGAAGGAGCCAAGGAAAGAGCGUCAGGAUGCAGGAAGCAGGACAACUGAGGAGAGGUCACAGGAGUUAGGACAUCAGAUUCCUGGGAUUCACGUCCAGGUGAUCAUUGGCAGAAGGUGAGAACAGCAUCGGCGCUGGGGCAAACUCAGAAUGCAGUGGCAGGUCACAAAAGCCAGGUCCAAGAGCAGGUGGAGAAGAUGGGACCUGGAUACAGAUGAGGCUGGAUGCUAGAUGGGAAGCCUCUUUUGCUGUAAGGCAGGGGGGGUGGGGUGGGGCAUGAAUGCAGGUCCAACUAUCCUGGCACAAACUAUUUACUUUAGAAUCACAUAUCAGUAUGUCACAGUGCUCUGAGAAGCAAAACGCAAAUUUGCUAUUUUCAUACAGAAAAGAAUUUUUUUUUAUUAAUUAGCUGCAGUCAUGAAUGAGUAGGUGACUCCUGGUUAAUGUAGGGGUGGCCAUAAAAAAGCACCCCCAGGAUAUUUUAAAUAUCUGGAAAUUUCACAUAAAAAUCUGAGCUUCUAGCUCCUCUUAUGAAAAUUAGAAGAUUUGGCAGUAGAAGCCCGUCUCCUUGGACUGAGGGAUGGGAGUCUCGCCACUCCUAAGGCCUGGCUGGCUUUUGUCUCUGAAACUGCCUACCUGUCUUUUUAGGCAGUGACUUGUGAUUCCGCUGAAAAGUAAUCUCACAGACUUUCCAAUUCAAACACAGGAAAACAACAUUUGCGUUGGUGAUACUAAUGCCUUUCCUUCUCUAAACAUUCUGGAAUUCUUGAGUAAGAACAGCUUUGAGAUCCUGUGUAUUCGGUGAGACCUACCACGUGCCAGAUAUUUCCAGGAUUUUGCCCUCUCGCAAAGGACAAGGCAUAUCUUUGUCCUUUGAACUUGUUUACAAAUAGUCCAUAUGCUUAGUGUCAAGCCUGGUGGGGACCCAAACAGAAGAUGUGUGUCUCAAAAAAUGUGCCCUGUCUGCAGUGAAGGGCUGAGGUUCCUGGAGGCUUUCUGUAGGAGUUCUAGAUGCCAUCGAUAGUGGUCUCAUUGGAAUCAGCACAUACCCCAUGCCACCCUAGGUAUGAGCCAUCCCAGGUCCAACUAUCCUGGCACAAACUAUUUACUUUAGAAUCCCAUAUCAGUAUGUCACAGUGCUCUGAGAAGCAAAGCGCCAAUUUGCUUUUUUCAUACAGAAAAGAAUUUUUUAUUAAUUAGCUGCAGUUUAUUUACUUUUCCCUAAUAUUGUCCCCCGCCCACACACACACACACACAAAAACGUAGGUAAUGAGUAUAGAGUGGCCAUUGUGUGCCCAGUAUGUACUAGGCCAGGUAUAGACCACAGACACCUAUCCGUAGGAACUUUCCUUCUGGUGGAGAUGAGACGUCUAUGUCCAUGACUGAACAUAAUGCUGACGGCUUUCCAAGGACUUUGAACACCCGAGGGAGCAGACAGACCUUGAGGAGGAGAUGGGUAAAAUGUGGAACAGCAUAGCUUGAGUUUGGAUUGGUGCACAGCAAAGAAAGGGAGAGACCAAGCUCUGCCUGGUGGUCCUGGUAGCUGAUGGUGACCUCUGCAUUCCUGUCUCUCCUAACAGGUUAGAAAACUUUGUUCCAUCUCUUGAACGUGAGGGAGAUUACCAAAUUCACUCACCCAAUGUAGAUAUCCAACAAGUUCCCCUGGAUUAUAAUAGCCACUGCAGAUAAGAAGCACGGGGGGGGGGGGGGGGUUGACCCCACUAGGCUUCAACCUAAGUCUUUAUCCAUGACUUAGUUUUUAUCAGGAUCUUCAGUUCUCUGCAUCCCAAAGACACAAAUGCAUGUAGUCCACUUCCUGUUGUUACAAUGCAAUAUCUGAGACUGGGUAAUUUAAAAAGGAAAGACAUUUAUUUUGGCUCCUGGGAACCCAACAUCAGUUGGCCACACUGGUGAGGGCCCCAUGCUGCUUCAUAACCUGACAGAAGCCAGAAGGGCAAGUGGAUGUUUGUGAAAAGCUCCAAACACAAGAGGCAACCUUGUUCUGUAAUGACCGUUCUCACAGUGACUGAAGCCAGUCCUACAAGACAGGGAACUCUCUACUGAGAGGAGCAUCAACCCAGUGAGAAAGGCAUUGAUCUCUCUAAAAGACCUAAUCUUUCCCUGAAGGCAUCGCCUCCCAGCACCACGGUGUUAAUCACGUUUCACUCUGAGUUUGGGAGGAGACAAACCAUGUUCACAUCACAGCACACACUGCCACCCAUCUCGGAGGUGUGAGCUGGGCGUCAUCUAUCUCUUUGCUGUUAGUUUCCAGGAUUUGCACGGCCAUAGACUCAGGUGCUCUUGAUAUUUGAUAGCCAGGGACUCACUCGUGUCCAGUGGACACAUUAUCUCUUCUGUGUCCUUUCUCUGGGUCCCUCCCUUCUUUCAACCCACACUAGUCUUCUAACCUCCUUCUGAUUUAGAUAUGCAAGAUGGGAGGAAUCUGAAAUGUAACUCAGCCCAUAGUGUUCUGCUGGCUGUCUCGAUGGGCAGAGGUGGGAAACGACAGAAGACAGCACGGCCCUCCUCUGUGGGAGGUUAGGAGCCCAGAGACUGGAGCAGAGUUCUAGUUCAUAGAGAGUUCUAGUUCAUAUGUCUCUUGCCGGUUUGGGAUUUUCAGCUCAUCCCUAGGCUCAUCAGGCUCCUUAGCACAUAGGCACCAAUUAACAGGCACCCAAAGUAUCCAUAAACUUAGCUCCCCAAGUUGCUGCUGCCUUUUCAAUUUGAGGAGGAGGGGAAGUGGUCAGUGAACGAGCCAGCCUGUGUGUUUGCAAUAAGCCACACGGGCCAUGGAUUGCAUUGUGUUGGAAAGAUGCCCGGAAUGCUGCUUCCCAUCUAUGUGACCCCAUGUCUGGGGAACUAAUCGGUAAUUGAGAGGGUGUUUGGCAGGGGUGGAGAGGGUGUUUGGCAGGGGUGGAGGUGGAGCAAAGUGAAGUGAGAAGACUUUAGCAAUACUCUAUCCAGACUCUAGUGAAAUAAACCUGUCACGUGAUUCAUAGGACGCAAGAAUCUUCCUGGGUGACCCAAUCUCCCGCAUCUCCUCUCUCUUUGUCUGCAGGGUUCAACGUCAAGAGGAGACAUCUGCAAAACUAAGUCAGAAAGAUUCCAUCCAGGUGUGUCCAACUUGACUGACUCAGGCGGGGAGGAAACUCUGGCGUUUUAAUCUGUCACUCAUAAAGAUUGACUGAGCUUUCAACUCGACCCAGCCCUAUGCAAAUGUAGAGAACAGAACAAAAGCUCAUGUGCCCUGGAGUUGAUUGUUCAGAUGUAUGACACACUUGUGGCUCACUUAUGGGCCCUGCAUGCCGGGUGCUGUGGGAGGCUGAAGUAAGAGCCAUAGUCUCUGACUGGUAAACCCAGGCUGCAGCUGGAGGAGAAGGCUGGGUUUCAUGAUCCACCUAGACCAUCAUGUGUAGUGAGCUGGGUCUAUGUAUUGCCUCCUAUUCUUCAGGAGUGGACAGGGGUGGUUUAGGAAGGGAGGAGGGAUCCUGGGGGAAUCUUGAAGGGUGCUAGGACUGGAACAGACAAGGAAGAGGCACAGGAACCCAGAAUCAACACAAGACCACUGUGCCGUGGGCUCAGGACACAAGAGGUCGGCUGUUUGUAACUGUAGGUUAGGGAGAAGAAGGACUUAUCGUGCUUAGUGUCAGUGCAGAGAAAACCUUCCUCUGCAGGACUAAUAAAUAUUGGAGGUGAUAAGUAUGAUGAUUACUCAGAUCUUCACACAUUGUGUGUGUGCACCAAAAAAUCACACCCCAUCAGUGUGUACAGUUAUUAGCGUCAGUUUAAAAAACUGAAACUCUGUACCCAUUAAACAGCAGCUCUUCAUUCUCCCCUUCGUGCUGCCUUUGGCAAACAGCAUUCUAUUUCCUGUCUCUAUGAAUUUGACCAGUCUAGGUAUCUCAUAUAGGUGGGAUCACAUAAUACUUGUCUGGAUUAUUUUACUUAGAGUAAAGCCUUUAAGUUCCAUCCAUGUUGUAGCAUGUAUCAGAAUUUCCUUCUUUUAUUUAUUUAUUUAUUUAUUUUAGUGCUGGUGAUCAAACCCAAUUUCCUUUCUUUUUAAGGCUGAGUAAUAUUCCAUUGUACAUCUGUAAUACUGUUUGUUUACUGAUUCAUCUGUCAAUGGACACUUGGGUUGUUUCCAAUUAAAGGCUGUUGUGAAUAAUGCUGCGGUGAACAGGAGUCCUUGUUUUCAGCUUUUUUGAAAAUACAUCCAGAAGUGAAAUUACUACAUCAUAUGGUAAUGCCAUUUUUAAUUUUUUGAGGAGCUACCACACUGUUUUCCACAGUGGCCAUACCAUUUUACAGCAGUGCUCAAGUGUUCCAAUUAUGUAGUCCCCUACCACAUUAUCUAUGGCUUUACUUUCUGUGGUUUCAGUUAUCUGAAGUUUCAGCUACCUGUGAUCAACCACAGAUUGAAAAUAUUAAGUGAAAAAUUCCAGUAAUAAAGAGUUAAUAAGUUUUAAA